AUGGCUUCUUCAACUUACUCCACUUUAGCAUUAACCCUUUUAUUGAUCAUCCAUCUCACGCCGGAAACCACCGCUUCACGCCGUCUGAAUGAAAAUAAUCCGGAGGUCCAUGGAGUCACCACUACUAGCACUAAUCCUCCGGUACCGUCAAUUUAUCAUACGUUACCGUUUGCCCCUGCACCGUUAAUCCAACGGUAUAUCAUCCCACCGUCGUACCGCCGUCUAUGUAUCCCUAUUUUCACGUAUCCUCAUUCCACGGAAGUGUGCUUCAACUUCAAGCCAACGCCUCCGUGA